GAGGACAAAAAGGUCAAAAGCCCCCCACCCACCCCAACCACCCCGCAAGCAAGCCGAUGCCACUAUGCUUCUGGCCGGAGGUGAAGACGGCAAGCCCCACGGAGCCACCGCCGGCGACGGUGACGCCGCGGCUUCCCUGAACGACCUCUGCGCAACCGCCUCCUGGGGUCCCGCGCCGUUCCCUAGGGCGGCGGCGUGGGCGGUCGCGAUGCUGCUCGCGGUGGGCCUCGGGGUCGGCGCGCUCGUCCUCGCCGUCGUGCGCAGCGCCGCGCUGCUCGUGGUGGCGGUCGUCCUCUCGGCGGCCGUGGCCGCGUUCCUCCUGUGGAAUGCCGCGGCCGCGGCGUCCGGGCGCGCGCUGCGGCGGUUCGUGGACGGGCUCCCGGCAUCCAGCCUCCGCGUCGCCGCCGACGGCCAGCUCGUCAAGAUCACCGGUUUUGUUUCAUGUGGUGAUAUCUCGCUGAUCUCGUCAUAUGAGAAGGUUGAGAAUUGUGUAUACACAUCUACUUUGUUAAGAAAAUGUGGUAGAUGGGGUUCCCAGAUUUUGAAUUCUAAGAAUCGAUGUUCUUCCAAGUGGAAGUUAACACAUGCUGAGAGGUUUGCUGCUGAUUUCUACAUAACGGAUGCAAAAUCAGGUAAAAGAGCUUUGGUGAAAGCUGGGCACCACUCAAAAGUAGUACCGCUGAUCGAUGAAAAUCUUCUGGUAACAACAAGCAGAGACACAGAGCUUUCUUCAACUCUGAAGUAUUGGCUUGAAGAAAGAAAUCUUUCUUCUGAAGAAGCCCAGCUUAUUCGUCUCGAGGAAGGGUAUAUCAGAGAAGGAAUGCGGUUGAGCGUGAUUGGAAUUCAGAGCAAGAAGAAUGGAGAUGCCAUGAUACUUCCUCCACCCGAACCUCUAUCCACAGGUUGUGUGUUCCUGUCAUUUCUCCUACCGACAUAUUUCGAUGGAAUAGUGCUGAGAUUGGUCGACAGAAGUUACUUCGUGCCAAAUUCUGGCGUUUCAUGAAGUGCUGUGAGAACUCGUGAGAUGUAACAGCUAACAAGUCUAGUGCGGUGCCCUUGCCCCAUGGGAUCUUCUUCUGUGUGGGUCCACAAUUUUUUUUUUGAGGACUCAUGUGGCUUUUUUCAGGUAACCUAAUGUACAUUCUCACUUGAUUGGUAGUUCAAAUAUCUGUCAUUUCUGGGGA